GAUUUUAUUAUUGAAAGUUACGUUUGUGAAAAUGUAGGUUUAAUAGUGUGUAGCCCAAUAGGAAACAUACGUACUUCCUUGUUAUAAAUAUUUUAUAAAUUCGUGUAUGGGUACAUAUAAUGGGAACGUCUCGUAACUUUGUUGCAUAUCAUCAUCUUAACAAGUGAUCUUUUUCUGGAAAUAAUGUCUUGUCAUUAUCAAGGAUUAAACAAAUAAAAAAAUCUGUUCACUUUACAUGGAUCAAUGACAUGUUUGUUAUCAAGCGUUACAGACAAAUUUAAAAUAACCCACUCUCGCAAAAUAUCAAAGGUAAACAGGACACAUGGAUAUUACAAAUCUAUAAGCGUAUGCUCUUUUAUUUCGAUUAAAAUUUACACUGAAAAAGGAAUGUAUAGUUUUGAUGAUAGAAUUACUGAAUAAUUACAUGUAAUUAUAUUUUAACGUGUUAUACAUUGUGUAAAAACGUCUUAAAAUGGUGGACAUACGCAAUUAUUCGUAUGUCUUUGAUACCAGUGACUUUGAAAAAGUGUCAAUAGUGUACAGCAGCCAUUACGAUGCUCAUAUUAAAAAUUACUCCAUACCGGAAGAAGAUGUUGCUUCAACCGGAAGUAAAUGCGACGCCAUUUUGCAAGAUAUGCCGGGUCCUCCGCCUUUAUAUGGAUCAGUGUCACGUUACGCUCUUGCCGCUUUUUUGUUCAUAUUUCCGUGUUUUACAUUGAUUGGCAGCAGUUUUGUAAUAAUUGCAGUGUAUACUCAUAAAAGGUUACAUACAAUCACCAACGCAUUUGUUGUGUCUUUAGCUGUUGCAGACUCUCUCGUAGCUAUUCUUGUGAUGCCAUUCGGAAUUUAUCAACAGUUCAAUAACAAAACAUGGAAUCUAAGUAGAGAGUUAUGUCUUAUAACAACAAGUUUUGAUGUCAUGUUCACAACUACAUCAAUAUUCAACUUGUCAUGUCUGGCUAUAGACAGAUAUUUGGCCAUUUGCAGGCCGUUCGAUCAUGAAAGAUUAACUAGAGGUAAAGUGAUCUGUAUGCUGUCAUUAUGUUGGAUCAUCCCAAUUUUCAUUUCGUUUGUUCCUAUAUUAAACAAAUGGAACACAAUAGGAAUAGAGGAGUUUAUUGACUGCGCAUUCCCGGAAGAAGAUUUGUCCCAUUGUGUGUUCGUAGUGAACAAGGUGUUUGCAACAAUAGGUUCUGUAUUCGCCUUUUACAUUCCAACAUCAUUCAUUCUCGUUUGUUAUAUUCAUAUAUUCAAAGCGGCCAGGAAGCAGGCUUACCAAAUUAGCAGUUUAGAACUCACCUCACAUAAACAGCACAGACACGGGAAGUUAAAACACGAGACAAAAGCGGCUAAAACCGUCGGCAUCAUCAUUGGUUGCUUCUUCAUUUGCUGGUUCCCGUUUUUCGGACUUAAUAUUAUCGAUCCGUUCAUUAACUAUAAAAUACCAUAUAUACCAUGGACUAUUGCACUAUGGCUGGGUUAUAUAAACUCAAUGCUGAACCCUAUACUCUAUUAUAACUUUAACAAACAUUACAAAGUAGCUUUUAGAAGACUUCUUAGCUGUAAAGUUUGUCGCGGAGUGAGUGAAUUUGAGUACGAAACGGUUCAAAGUAGUUAUCAUACAGAAUAUAUACAAUCAACACGGAACUCGAUUUCUUCAAAACUUGCAUAUCAUAGAAAUAGCUGAUAAUUAUGCUAAUUCAGUCAUAUUCUAAUAAGUUUAAUGGAUAAUGUAACGAAUCGCUCCAUUGACGAUUCGCCCCUUAACGACUCGCCCCUUAUAACCAUUCGUUUCACAUUUGUGACAAUUGGCUCCAUAUUAUAUUUGCUAUACAGUAUAUGCUGUCCAUUAACAUAGGUAAAGAAAUUGUUCUUACCUUUUUUCAGAUCAUUUUUUUGGAAUGAUAUUUAAAAUAACUUAUUGAUGUUAAACCUAUACGUUGUCAUUAGAAAUUCUGUCUACUGACUUUAUAUUUCGGAUACAUACAUUCGUACAUAAUCUCUGUUCGUGUUGAAAACUCUUGUGUUCUACUAUACUGAUGUGCAAGGAUGGAUAUUUAUACAGAUAAGGUUGACAUGAAAAACUAUACAGUUUCUUCAUGGUUGGACUACCUACAUUUUACGUCGGUAAAUAACUGAAAUACUUAUCCCUGAUGAACAGCAUUUUGACCUGAAUGAAAAAACUUGUAAACAACAAGUUUAUGCCUUAUACGGGUUCAUAACAAGAACAAGCUAGAUAAAGCAAA